ACCUGCUCGCCAAGCGAGCUUGCUGCCUCGUCGUAGUCACGGCCCUGAAGAACGGUCAUUUCAUCGUUAUUCAUCGAGCGGCGCCUCUACUCACGGUCGAACCGGCGGUGUCACGUUCUCCGCGAACUCGCGGUGUGCUCGCCAUUUCGAAUCGUCAGUUUCGCGCCGGACGUUUCGCGCGUCGUUUCUUCUUCGCGAAAUCAGCGAUUGAUCGGACUCGCUCGCAGAUUUCGCGAACGAGAUAUGACGCGAAAUCCAAUCGACGCUGUCGCGCUCGAUAACCGUUAAUCGAAUCGUCCCGCGAUCGUGAGAGCGCGUCCCCUGUUUUUUCUCAUUUUGUGCGCUUCCUUUUGUGCUCGAGAAACCUGCCAGCUGCGACGUGGCGACGACGAGUAAGGACAACCUACCAAGACAAUUCGGAUCUGUGCGAUCGUUGGCGCACACCUGCGGAACCUUCAGCGGAACUGAAGAGAGAGAGAGAGAGAGAAAAUAAUGGCCGAGUACUGCGAGUACAUGUGGGACCCCACGCGAGGUCACAAUAGCGCUGCACUAGCGCGCAGCAUUUACGAGGAGGAGGCGGCCAGAUUCGAUAAGCGCGACAAGAAACUGGCGAUUAAAACCGUCAGAGCUAUACUCCGAGAAAUGCCGGAUGUGGAUCUGAAGCACUGCACGGACGAGUAUAUUACGCGUUUCUUACUCGCCCGGAAAUAUCGCACCGAACAGGCGGCCGCUCUGAUAGUCGCUUAUCAAGCGCAAAUUACACAUCGCCAGGAUAUCUUCGGCAACCUCACUGCCCGCGACCCAGCCUUGCAACGCGCGCUUCGCGCGGGCAUACCGGGUGUCUUGCCCGCGCGCGACAGGAAAGGCAGAUGCGUGCUGGUUAUUUUAGCGUCGCAAUGGGACCCCAUAGCCGUGCCCGCAUUAUCCGUUCAGCGAGCUAUCUUCUUAGUUCUGGAAAUACUUAUUCAGGAUCCUAGGAAUCAGCAAUCCGGUUUCAUCGCUGUGGUGGACUGGAGCGGAUUCUCGUUACGGCAGGGUGGUGCACUGGGCGCAGCGGCUGUGCGAAAUCUAAUAGCUGCUCUACGUGGGCGAUUUCCUGCUCGAUUCAAAGCGAUACACUUCCUUUCUGCGCCGUUGUACGUGCAGGCGACUUUGGCCCUGGUAAAGCCGUUUCUGGAUGAGAAAACACGAAACAAGAUUUACCUUCAUGGCAAUAAUCUCAGCACGCUCCACGAGCAUCUGCCCACGGACAUCCUGCCGGCGGAGCUCGGCGGAACGGGACCAGCCUUUAACCCAGGAUUAUGGGCCGAGCCGGUCAUCCAUUCCGCGAUGAAAGAAGCCGAGCUCGCUGCCGCCGCCGCCGCCGCUGCCGCUGCCGCCGCCACCAAAAAGGGAAAAGAACAUGUCGACGCGAACACGCGCGCACAAGAACCGGCGGACCUUCGGAACGACGGGUCGGAAACCGCAAACGGAAAUCGUGAGAAGAACGACGGAUCGAACGUCUCGACGAAGUCGCGAGACGACGCAAACGAUGCAAAAACAGCCUUCAACAAGUCCAGCAGUCCCGUCGCGAGGCAUUCCACCGGGAGGACAGGCGCGCAAGCGGACGUGGAACUGAACGUGAUAAACAGGCGGACGAGCAAUUACAGAGAGACGAGCGAGUCCGCGAUGAAGAACGACGAGGACGACGGCGUCAGGGAUCGAUUAGUGCGCGUCGAGCGGAUUAGUGACGGAAACGUGAACGAGACUCGGACGGGUCGAGACGAGUCGACGUUUCUCAACACGGAGACCGAGAUCAACUCGAACGAGUUCGAGAUAAUAUCCUCCAACCGACCAGCCAGCGAGAAUAGCUCGUUGGACAAUAGAUCAGUCUUGAUUGUCACCGGCAACACCGAAACGCCGUCGGAAGAAACGAAUCUCAUAACAUAACGCUGACCUCCGUAAAUCUAGAUAUUUGUAAUAUCUUAUUACAUUACCGGAUGGUCAUGCCUUUUCUCAUGCUGAAGACACGUCUCUUUACUACAUGCCAGAAACGGCCAGAAUAAUAUCUCGGGAUACCGCAAUUUAAUCGGCAACAGUAACAGCUUUUCUCACAGACCAUUCUCUCUAGGCUGUAAUCUAACGCGAUGCUCGUUGAUCGCAAUUUUCACUUAUAUAGUCUUAGGUAUACAAUUUAUUUAUCAAACUAUUUCGGUAAUAUUAAGUAUGGCAUCUGAGUUGACAAAAAUAGAGAAGAAAUGAAAUUCCAUGAAAUUAAUAUUAUGACAAAUUUAGCUUCAAAUGUGCGCCAUAAUUCUCUCGCUAUACACAUUUGGUUGACAAAAUAGUUACAACCAUUUCUGAAACUACGAUACCUGCUUUCCUAUUUAUGCCAGGCAGCUCGUAUUAAUUGGCAUCAUAGGCGCUAUACAUAGACAUGGACAUUAUGUCUAUGUUAUAUAGAUGUAUACAGGCGAGGAUCUCUAUCUUGAUUAAGAAUUACUUCUAUAUAUUUUGAUAUCAGAGAUACACCUUGAAAAUUGAUUUUUUAAAUUGCGAUUUAAAAAAUGGCCAAACAAUGAGAGAUCCUCUGAACUGCAAACAUGUCACAUACACACCACUUAUAAGUGUGAUUUUGAAAUUGUGCCUCGUACUUAGCGGCGAAAUAAAUAUUUUUAAUGUAUCGUUAUCUAUAGCUUUCCAAGUGACUUACAUAAAUGCUUUAGAAAUAGCAUAUUUACCGAUUGAAGUAUGUAAUUUUCUUGUAUUGAUUGAAGUAUGUAAUUUUAUAGACAGGAGUGUUAUAUCUCAGACAAAUAUUGGAACUUAUUCUUGCAAUGAUACAGCGCUUCGAUUUCUUUUUAUAUAUUUGCACGUAUACUAUAUAUAGUAUAUGAUAUUGAGAAAUUUUUUUCGAUUCGAUUCGACUUUGCUUAUCUCAGUCAGUAUUUCGGUUUGCGAAGAUAUUCAUGAAUGAAAUAAUUUACGCCGUUCAACAUGGUAAUACUGAAAAAGUGAACGAUGAUUAUGAAAAGGAAAUACAAUCAUGUGACAAAAUAAUUUAAUAAAAAUUUAUUUCGGUACAUAAAAUAUAUGUGUGUGUGUGUGUGUGUGUAUAUAUAUAUAAAUUCUCAACAUCAAUACAUGUUUUAAAUAACA